AUGGCUGUUAGAAGCAGUUUAUCACCUACAUUCAGAACUAAAACAAUUCGUUCAGAUGGAAAUAGUCUAAAAAAUUCGACGAACUAUAAAUCUCGUGUACAAAGUGCUCCACCACUUUCACUUCAACAAUAUGCACGUUCAUCUGCUAUUCCUCUUGGUACUAAACCAUGGCAGCCAUCAGGUGUUUAUCAUCCACCGGUUCUUCAUGCAUAUUUAUCAUCUGAAGUAUGGAAGCAACCAGAAAGAGCUGAACUACGAAAGAAACUAGAAACAACUCAAAUGAAGCCAUGGAUUUAUACCUAUAAACGAAAAAAUUCUAUACCAACUUAUACACCGAACGAGUAUCAAGUAAAAAAACCUAAACCACCUGAACCUGUAUGGCAUCCUCCAGGUAAGUACGUAGAACAACAACCAACAUCACUCAGUCCAGAACGACGAGUGGAAAAACAUAUUCAUGAACCUGCUUGGCGACCACCUGGAAGAACACAAUAUAAACCUGUGCCGUAUUUUGAUUCACCUAGUUUAAGAUGGUCACUUCAAGAUCUUAAGAAAUCUAUGGCUCAUCUACAAACAACAACUCUUCGUACAUCUAGAAGUGCAUCAGUAGCGAAUAACUAA